CCCGCGCGCGCCCGUCCGCCCGCCCCCGCGUGCCCGGCGGCGCAGUCUUCGGCUGGGCGCGGGCGCGGACACUUAGCUCCGUGCGGCCAUGGCCCGGGCACUGCACGGCCUCUGGCUGCUGCUGGCCCAUCAGCUCUCCCUGGUCACCACCUGCCAGGACGCCCGCUACGGUGCCCGACUCAAGGAGACCUGCCUCAUCCGCUUCCAGCAGGACAUGGAGGCCAUGGGGAGGACCCUGUGGUGUGACUGGGGCAAGACCUCUGGGAGCUACAGGGACCUCACCGACUGCACCCGGGACAUGGCGGAGAGGCUGGGCUGCUUCUGGCCCAAUGUGGAGGUGGACAAGUUCUUCGUGGCCGUCCACCAGCGCUACUUCCACAGCUGCCCCGCCUCUGGCCGGGCUGUGGGGGAGCCGCCCAGCACUGUCCUCUGCCCCUUUGUUGUGCUCCCCAUCACGGUGACCCUGCUCGUGACGGCGCUGGUGGUCUGGAGGAGCAAGCGCACAGAGGGCAUCGUGUAGGUGGCCCAGGCCGCCCUCUGGGGGCCAUGCAGGGCCAACAGGACUUGAGAGCGACCCCCCUGGCCACCUUGCUGAGGUGGGGCCCCCAGGGGGGACCUAAGAUGCCACCCCAGCUCACCUCCUGUCCUCAAGUGCUAGUGACCACCACACCGCCCUGAGCUUCAGCCCAGGCUGCACACCCACCCCGUAGCUGUUUGUGGAUGAGUAGCCGUGAUUAAAACCAUGCUCUCUAACUGG